AUGGCAGUGCAGAAAGGAUCAGGACUUAAGUACAGAAAUGACGUACGAAUUGGCAGGUGUGAGGACAGAGGAGAGCCUCCAGUCGGAGCGAGGAUCUACCGCAAUGAGCCAAUCGGCGCCAAAGCCGUAGAUGGAAUCGUCCGACUCUUGGCGGGAGCCCUCGUCAGCGAGGAUCGUAACGUAGAUCCCCGUCGGGGCUCCCGUCUCCUCAUGUUAUCCACCGGGAUCCCGAGAUACUACCGGGGGUCAGCUGAUGUCCAAUCCGUUCUCGUCGAUGACAAGUUGCCUCGAAUGGAAGUCUAA